AUGCAAAUGUCAGGUUCAAUGAGUUCUAAAUGUGUUAAGCUUAAACUGAUUGUUUGUUUGCUUCAACCACACUUGAAGCUUCCUUUGUUGCAACGACGAAGUUCCUGUUAUUUCAAAAUAAUUUUAAUAACUCUGAAGAGCAAACGAAAACCCAUGUUAAAUGCCACCGACAACAGUCGUGAAUUUAACAUACGAUGUGUUCUGACAUUCCUUAUGAGUCAAUGUUUGAAACGUGAUGUCAGCAAUAUUUCUAGGCUUCAUAAAUUUGUUUUUCCUUCCCUUCAUCUCUCUCACUUUGUGAUGUUUCUGUUCCCGAAGGCAUUACAAGCAUAUUAG